AGCCUUCUUGUUAUCGUCUGAACCUUGCUAUGUGCUGACAAAUCAUUUGGGCCUGUGAGUCUCGAUUCAAAAUGUAGUUUCCGCGAUACACAGGAGGAUGCAACGCUCGUAAAAACUGGUUUACAAUGUCAGCUGUUCGGGUUUUGGUCCGGUCACUUUUCAGGCAAAUUCAUAAUAUCGGACAAGUUGCAGCAAGAUCAGGCUAUAACAGUGCUGGUGAAUUCGCAGCAGUUAGCAGUGUUGCUAACGGCCAGUCAGCACUCAUUCCACGAGCUCCAAAGAAAAAUGUUGGUGUGUUCGCAAGAGGUCUUUGGAGUGGUUUUACUUCCAGAGUAGGAUCAGUCUCUCAAGCUGCCUCCCUAAGGCGAAUGGCAAUUGCCCGCAUGCUCAGAGGUUGUGGACCCAAAUCCCCUAUGUUUGCCUUCCUUGGGUUUGCAGUUGCAAUUUCAAGUGAAGAUGGACAAAGAAAAGAACCAUAUAAAAAACUACAUCAGAUGGCCCAAAGAGCUCUUUUGACUAAAAACAUGUUUGCAGAGCUUCAAAAAGAUUUUGAGGAACCUUCCCUUGCUCAGCUCAAACUAAAGGACUUCAAAGUUGGUGAACGACUUGGCCAAAGUUCCUCAAACUCUGCAGUUUAUUCAGCUGAAUACAUGGGCCAUGAGUAUGCCAUCAAGAUGUUAUUUAACUUUGGAACAAGUUCUCAGAGCAGCUCUUUAAAAAGAGAAUUUUCAAAAGAGUAUCAGGUUCUUAGUGCCAAAAAUGAGUGCAAUGCCUCCCAAGCAGGUUUAUCCUACACCAGGCUUUCAGCACAUCCAAACAUCUCACCGAUCCUGCAUCACUUUACUGAUGACACCCCUGUCCUACCAGAUGCUUCCACAAGCUACCCAGCUGCAUUACCUUGCAGUAGUGGUGGACUGGCUAGGAAUCGCACUAUGUUUUUGGUCAUGCCAAGAUAUGACAGAACUGUCAGAGAAUAUUUGGCAUCAAAUUCAAAGCCAAAUCUGCAGGUAUCUUCACUGCUUCUCCUGCAGCUCCUUGAAGGCAUCAGGCAUCUCACAAGACAUGGAGUGGCACACAGGGACCUUAAAACUGACAACUUGCUUCUGGGUGAAGACACCAACAGUUCAUUCCCCCAGUUGGUGAUAGCAGACUUUGGUUGCUGUCUAGCAGACAGAUCAAGGGAGCUUGUACUCCCUUUCCAAACAGCAGAGAUUGAUCGUGGAGGCAAUUUCACUCUGAUGGCCCCAGAGAUUGCAUUAGCUGUUCCUGGGAAGGAUUCUGUCCUUGAUUUCACUAAAUCUGAUGCAUGGGCAGCAGGAGCCAUUGCAUAUGAGUUUUUUGGCAAUGUCAAUCCAUUUGGAUGGGAUGGGUUGGACAGCAGGAAUUACAAAGAUGAUGACCUUCCUGUUCUUGUCCAAGUCCAACCAGGUGUGAGAAAGGUAGUGUCACUGCUCCUUAAAAGGGACCCUGCAGAGAGGAUAACAGCAGAAACAGCAAUCACUAUGUUAAUCCUAGUGUUAAGGGCCCCAGCUGAGUGGCACCAGGGGGAAGAUGUGCAGGUUGAAAACAUCAAUUGGUGGCUUUUCUGCAUUUCAUUGGAAAUGCUUGGGUCUGAAUUCCAAAGAGCGUGGACUCUUGAAGAUAAGAUCAUGUAUCGCUUCCUGUGCCGUGUUACACCAAACCAAAUCAAAGAUGCAUUGGAACUGCUGACAAAUGAUGUUUAAUGGACUGGACUUGUAGUUGCUAGACUCGUUCUGGGUUGGGGUGGAAGUUAUCAAUAGACUUACAUAAAGGCAUCACUGGAAUCAAAAAAGAACAGUGCAAAAAUGUUGGAGACAUGAAACAGAUUUAUUGCCACGCCAACGUACAUUUCUCUUUUGCAGUUGAAACAGAUUUUUUGUGACUUGUGUUUUGACAACACGUAGUGGAUUUAUUUCACUUACAAGUUGUCUCCCAAGAUUUCCGUCAGUGUGGAAGAAAGACUAAAUUAGUUACAUUUGUUUAAUUGUCAACUUCAAAGUUGUAGUUGCGAAAGAGAACAUUAUCUCUGAUCGCUGACCAAUAAGAUCUGGCUUGUUGUAUUUAUCUACGAGGCCCUCUUCUUGUUUAAGUUACGCUCUUUUUGUUUCAUUGAGUGUAGAAAUUCAAAUGCAUCUUGCUGUGUUUCACUUUAAUCCAACUAAGGGCUAUAUUCGUUGCGGUGGUUAAUUUCCCUUAAUCAACUUUUACUACUGAAAUUCAACCAAGUGUUAAGAAACUAAUGAUACAUACAAAUAACCUGUCAAAAAGUAGACAACUGAAUGUAAAGAAACUUUUGAUUGGUAUGUUUUUUACUUCUGGCAAUUGAAUCGGGUCCAGUACACUUUAUAUUAGUGUUUGUUUGUACCUUGGUACAUUCGAUUCUGAGGGUUUUACCCAACGGUUGUACAUUUUGAGUUCGCCUUUUAGUUUUUUUACACUAUGAGGGCAGCGAGUGAUUUAUUAAUGGUACCCUCAAAAAACUAAUUGUUUCGUUGAUUCGAAUUUGUGGUCAAUCUUUAGUUAGAUCGCUUUUUAUUGUUGAAUUCAAUUCCUUAACUUCUA